GCUGCCGAUCUCGAGUGGGGAGGUCGGACGGGCCGGGGAGGGGGCGGGGGAGAGGAAAGAAAAGAGGCCGACUGCAGCAGGUCCCAUGUCUCUCUUACCCUUCUCUCCUCUUCCUCCUCCUCCUCCUCUUCCCGCUUCUGUUCCCCACGACCACCUCCUCCCUCUCUACUGCCUGCUGCACAUUGUUAGCCAGGGGAGGAAGCGAUGUGCACUUCCAUCAGAUGAAAGUUUGUAACCUCACGCCCAAGGGCAGCGGUGGAAUCUAAUCCCACCUUCCACCCCCUUCCCCCUCCCCACCCCACCCUGACCCUACCCCCAGCUGGAGCCAGGAGCCUCCACCUAAAUGGGCCCAGUCAUGCCUCCCAGUAAGAAGCCAGAGAGCUCAGGAAUUAGUGUUUCCAGUGGCCUGAGCCAGUGUUACAGAAGUAGCGAUUUGUCCAAGUCCCUUCAUGAUGAAGAUGACCUCGACUUUCCCUUGCCUGCCAUCCGAUUAGAAAAAGGGGCGAUGGAAGAUGAAGAGCUCACUAACUUGAACUGGUUGCAUGAGAGUAAGAACUUGCUAAAAAGCUUCGGGGAUUCAGUCCUUAGGAGCGUCAGCCCUGUUCAGGACAUCGAUGAUGACACCCCCCCAUCUCCUGCUCACUCUGACAUGCCCUAUGACGCCAGGCAGAACCCCAACUGUAAACCUCCUUAUUCUUUUAGCUGCCUCAUAUUUAUGGCCAUUGAAGACUCUCCAACCAAGCGACUGCCGGUAAAGGAUAUAUACAACUGGAUCUUGGAACACUUUCCAUAUUUUGCAAAUGCACCCACAGGGUGGAAAAACUCAGUGAGACAUAAUUUGUCAUUGAAUAAGUGUUUUAAGAAAGUGGAUAAAGACCGAAGCCAGAGUAUUGGAAAAGGGUCUUUGUGGUGCAUAGACCCAGAAUAUAGACAAAAUCUCAUACAGGCCUUGAAAAAGACACCCUAUCACCCAUAUUCACAUGUGUUUAAUACACCUCCCACAUCUCCUCAGGCAUAUCAAAGCACAUCAGGUCCACCCAUCUGGCCGGGAAGCACCUUCUUCAAGAGAAAUGGAGCCCUUCUACAAGAUCCUGACAUUGAUGCUGCCACUGCCAUGAUGCUUUUGAAUACUCCCCCUGAGAUACAAGCAGGUUUCCCUCCAGGAGUAAUACAAAAUGGAGCCCGGGUUCUGAGUCGAGGCAUGUUCCCUGGAGUUAGACCACUGCCAAUCCACCCCAUUGGAAUGGCGGCUGCUGUGAGGAAUGGCAUGACCAGUUGUCGGAUGCGGACAGAGAGUGAGCAGUCCUGUGGCUCCCCGGUUGUUAGCGGUGACCCAAAGGAAGAUCACAAUUACAGUAGUGCCAAAUCUUCCAACCCCAGGAGCACCUCCCCUGCCAGUGACUCCAUUUCUUCCUCCUCUGCUGAUGACCAUUACGAGUUUGCUAACAAGGGCAGCCGCGAGGGCAGCGAGGGCAGUGAGAUCAGCUUCCAGAGUCAGGAGAGCUAUAGUGAAACGGAGGAAGAUGACAGGAAGCAUCCCAGAAAGGAGACCAAGGAUUCUUUAGCCGACAGCGGGUAUGCAUCCCAGCACAAGAAAAGGCAGCACUUAGCCAAGGUGAGGAAAGUUCCUAGUGACACGCUGCCCCUUAAAAAGCGACGCACAGAGAAGCCCCCUGAGAGUGAUGAUGAGGAGAUGAAGGAAGCAGCCGGGUCUCUCUUACACUUAGCGGGAAUCCGAUCCUGCUUGAACAACAUCACCAAUCGGACGGCAAAGGGGCAGAAAGAGCAAAAGGAAACCACAAAAAAUUAAAAAACAAAUCGCUGAUUUGUUUUGAACUUAACUAAAAAAAAUUUUGUUUCAGCACGUCAGGAGAAUUCUAAUGAUUUGUGGCAAUAUCAGCAAUUUUUUUUCCCUUUUGGUUUGGUUUAAUUUUUUUUUUUUUGGACCCUUAAGAUUUUUUUAUUUUUAAAGGAGAUUGAAGCCAUAGAACUCAUUGACACUCAGCUGUUUUACAAAAGCUUUUCAUUAUCUGAAGACAAAACCGUAAAAGCCAAAAUUUACAUUGCUUUCUCCAGCUUGUCAGAAAUACAUGGUUGACUAUGCCAUGACUCCCACAUUAAUGCAAUGGAAGUACAAUUUGGCACCUAGAGGAGAUGUACACAGAUCAGUCAUUGGUCAGGCCCAGUCCCUAGGAUUAAGAAAUUAAAAUGCUCACAUGAUUGGGUUAAUGAGUUGGAUGGGAAUUAAGGAGAUUUGGGGAAAGCAGGAAGCCCUUUGGUAUUGACACAACCAGGAACCAGCCUGGGGCACUGUGGGUUCCAGUGGUGAUGCCUGUUUCAAGUCUGGAAUUGCCCCAUGUUAGGCACAGUUGUUUCCUGCUUUUACAUACCCCUUGGCUUGGAAAUGUAAAGACUGAUGCCUUUUUUAAGUGGUCGAAACUGAACUGUGUAUGUAAUGGGUCUUGGUAAAUAAUGAGAAGAAAUAGGGCAAAUUGUUAGAGAUCUCGCUAAUCAUUGAAUUCUGUCUUCUAUAGUAAAUUCAGAAGCCAUAAACCCGAAGAUUGGCACAGCGUACAAAAAAAAAAAAUGACAAUAAUGCAGAAAACAAACUAUGUCUUCUUAACUGCCUGAGUGAAAAGCAAUCAAGUCUAAGAAAUUACAGUAGAUAUUAAGGAAGGAAAUAAUGAUACAGAUCUUUUUCUGUGGAUCAAAAAUAUUUGAUCUAGUUUUAAAAAAAUUUAAAAGCUACAAAACCUGCCAUUAGUAUUAUGAUAUGUUAAAAAAAAUUGUUUUCAAGGCAUAUUGGUGGACAAGAAAAUAAAAUCUACCAAAAAGAACUCCUAAGAUGCCCUCAAAAAGGAGUUUGCAGUUAAUGUCAGUCAGGAUUCAUCUGUGCAAAAAUCAUUGAUUUCCAGAUUCACCCAGUGUAGUAGCCAGCAAGAAUAUCUGAUCCACAGUGCAUGGAUUCCUUUGAGGAAAA